UUUGAACAUUUUCACACAACAAUCAAAUCGUAGCUUAAAAGUAUGCCAAUGUCUCCAAAUAAUGAGUUACGUCGCAAAAUGUGCGCUGUGCAACAAAUUUCUACCGUACAAUCGAUCGGAUACGUCCAUCUUGGUUCGGCAUAUGUCUGAAAACCAUCCGGAACAGCAGUAUACCGUUAUUCAUUCCAAAAAGCAGUUAAUUCGGCGCGAAAAUUCAUCAUCACGAGAAAGUUCGGUUGAAAAGUACAGGUUCAAUAAUAACAAUAUGGCUAAACAGUCCUUGGAUCGGGAACAUCCAAAAGAAUCGGCAAUCAUUCGCGAACUACGAACGAGCGUUGGACAGAAGGCUGACGAAAAUCUUCCGGACAAAAGCGAUUUCCUGGCUCGGCGAUCUACCGGAAGAAAUAUGCUCUAUAAAACUACCGUGGCAUCUUGGCGUCCGGCACGAGCCCGCCUCAUCUGUCAGCGAUGUGGUCAAUCCCGAUAUCCAACAAUUCGUUCCUCAGCGAAUCGGUACGCCAAAUCGACGUAUGGAGCGGUUUGUAUAAUGUCCUGCUGGCCGUUUUGCUUCCUUCCGUGCCUAUUUACAGCCCCUACCAAACAUCAUUUGCACUGUUCCAGCUGUGGUGCCUAUCUGGGGGUUUAUGACCCCAGCCGGGAGGUGAUUGAUGCUAAUCGACAGCACCGUAGGAAGUGGUCACUUCCUGAUGAUAAUGACGAUGUUGGAGAGAGAAAAUUGUGUGCUAGAUGUUGAGCUAAACCACGCAAGCUAGGGUGAGAGUUUGAAUGCAAGUUAUACAGCAGAGACAGCUGUCAGUUAGUAGCAUCACGUGAACGUGAAGCCAGUUGAAUAUUCAUUGAAGCAUAUUUGAGGAAAAAAUCGAUGAACCAAAUUCGUAGUGAUCCUGGAUUUGGUUUCGACAGUUGCAAAUUUGAUAUGAAAUAAUUACUGCUCAAAAUCAUUACAUCUCUUUGAUACAGUCUACCAAUGUCAUGAGCGCUCUACACGUAAUUAAAGAGAAAAUUAAACAUGUCGUAAUUAA